ACAUAUAGGUGUAUCAGUAACUGUGUGCAGAUUCCUAGAGUUCGUCGCGGUGCAACAUGUUGUGGUCGGGGUUAGCUGUUUCGCUCAUUUUAAACCUGGUAACUAAUAACAGGGCAGUGGAGGGACUGGAGCCGGGGGCUUAUGACUACACUAAAUAUCACACCAUGGAUGAGAUUUUAGAGUGGAUGAAGAUGAUGCAAAAUAAUUAUUCUGAUGUAGUUACCAGCAUCACAUAUGGGAAAACGUAUGAAAAGAGAAACAUAUCACUAUUGAAGAUCGGUCAGAAGAGCAAUGAGCCGAAGAAGAUGAUCUGGAUGGACUGUGGGAUCCAUGCUCGAGAAUGGAUUGCUCCGGCUUUCUGCCAGCACUUUGUGAAGGAGAUCCUGGGCUCCUACAAAACAGACCAAAAGAUUGGUGAAAUGUUAAAACGUUUGGACUUCUACGUCACUCCAGUGUUGAACAUGGAUGGAUAUGUAUACUCAUGGAAAGACAACACGACAAGAUUAUGGAGGAAGACAAGGUCACCUGGUACUGCUGAUUGCAUGUGUAAUGGCACGGAUCUCAACCGCAACUUCUAUGCUAACUGGGGAAUGGUGGGAAUUUCCAGAAACUGCUGCUCAGAAAUCUAUAAUGGACAUUCACCUCUUUCGGAGCCAGAGGCCAUGGCAGUGACGGACUUCCUGAGCACCAAUCGAGACAAUAUUCUCUGCUUCCUCACCAUCCAUUCAUAUGGCCAGCUGAUCCUGCUGCCUUAUGGGCAUCCAAACAUCUCUGCCCCCAAUGAAGUCGAGCUGAUGAAAGUAGGUCUGGCUGCAGCAGAGGCCAUUAAAGCUGUUCAUGGAGUGGCCUACACAGUUGGAACGCCUCCUAAUGUGCUAUACCCCAAUUCAGGCUCGUCUCGUGAUUUUGCCCGUCUCAUCGGCAUCCCGUUCUCCUUCACGUUUGAGCUGCGUGAUAAGGGUGAGUACGGCUUCAAACUGCCGGAAGACCAGAUCCAGCCCACAUGUGAAGAGGCGUAUCAGGGCGCGCUGUCCAUCAUCACGUACGUCCUCGACAAAAAUUUCCCUCGUGGUGCAGCUACAAACGUCGCAGCUACACUGUGGAGUGUUGUCUUUGCUGUUUGGCUCUCUACUGCCAUCGUCUGACCUCAAAACUGAACUGAAAUCAGUCACAGUUUUAUUGAACAGCUUAGUAAAGUCUACAGUAUAUUUAUCUUCCAUGUUUCUCUAUAUUCAGAUCUUAUAAAUAACAUUUUGGACAUACAAUAAAGUGUAAAUGGUCCAAUUU